AUGACUUACAAUGCUGUUUAUGACAGUUACAACAAUAAUAAUUACAAAGAGUUCGAAUUUCAAAAAGACGAAAAGAAAAUUUUAAACGACCAGUGUUGCCAAGUUAAAAAUGAGCAAAAAAUUGGAGAGAAUAUCCAGGAUAAGGAAGAGCCUCAUAUUCAGCACGUGUUGGGGCCAAGCAGGCGAUGUUUAGCGUGGGCCUGUAAAGCCUGUAAAAGGAAAACGGCGGCUGUAGACCGAAGAAAAGCGGCCACACUAAGGGAACGACGGCGGUUAAGAAAAGUGAACGCUGCGUUCGAAGAACUCCGGAUUCGAGCCCGAGCUGGUAGUGGUAGACUGCCCAAGCUGGAGAUACUGAGAGCUGCUAUACAACACAUAGAGAGACUACAGGCGGCCUUAAGAGCGGCAGCCGUGUUAGAAUCGGAGAGUUGUAAGAGUUACAUAGAGUCCCCAGUGAUGUCACAACGACAGUACGACAGCAGAGAAACCAAGACGGAGAAAGAGAAACCGUUUUUAAGUAGUGAUAACUCGUCUUGCGGCGUGAACAGCUUAGCUCGACUGCGCUGUAUCGUGCAAGCCCUCGCAGGGAAAGACACAUCUUAA